AUGUCGCGACUGCAAGCGGACAUUUCUCGAAGGAAUCCUCAAGAUGACUACGACUUGAUUCAACGAGUCGGGAGUGGGACGUAUGGCGACGUGUUCAAGGCAAGAAACUUACACAGCAAUGAAUUUGCUGCCAUCAAAGUUGUGAAAUUAGAAGCUGGUGAUGACUUCUCCAUCAUACAGCAGGAGAUUUCAAUGAUGAAGAACUGCAAGCACAAAAACAUUGUCGCAUACUUUGGCAGCUACUACAGGCGAGACAAACUGUGGAUAUGCAUGGAAUUUUGUUCAGGUGGUUCUGUCCAAGAUAUCUACAAUUUGACUGGAUCAUUACAAGAGCUCCAGAUAGCGUUCAUAACGAGAGAGACGUUGAGGGGCCUACAUUACUUGCACACCAAUGGAAAAAUGCAUCGAGAUAUUAAGGGCGCCAACAUACUGCUGACAGAUGUCGGUUGUGUCAAGCUGGCUGAUUUUGGAGUAGCCGCCCAGAUAACCGCCACCAUAAGCAAACGCAAAUCUUUCAUUGGUACUCCUUAUUGGAUGGCUCCUGAAGUAGCGGCAGUUGAACGCAAAGGUGGCUACGACCAGUUGUGUGACAUCUGGGCUGUGGGAAUCACAUGCAUCGAGUUUGCCGAACUUCAACCUCCCAUGUUUGACCUCCAUCCUAUGAGGGCUCUGUUCAUAAUGUCAAAAAGCGGCUUCAAACCACCAACACUGCACGAUAAGAACAAGUGGUCACAGAACUUUCACAAUUUUGUCAAAUUCGCCCUCACUAAGAACCCAAAGAGGAGACCUACUGCUGAUAAGCUGCUAGAGCACCCAUUCGUGAAUCGGGAGAUGAGCGAGCAGAUAACACGUGACCUGAUGGACAAGGCGUACAACAACAUCAGCCACGCCGCCCCCAUCGCUUACCCAGACUGCAACGACAUCGACGAAGAUGAGGUCCAGUCUUUGUUUUUUCUUUUUCAGAGCAACAACGUCAACUCGCCGCUACAAACACCGACAACAACAACAACGAAUUACACUUCACAACAACAACAACAAAUGUACAAUCGUGACAUACAAAAUUUUUUUAUUGGUGAGCCAAAUCAGAACUACCUUCUACUUACAACCACAACAACAACUAUCACAUCGUCCUCAUCAUCAGCAACAACACCGACAACAGCCCGAACAACGACUCCAACUACAACGACGGCUGCCGCCACAAAAUUUGCGACAUCGCCAACAAGCGAGAGCGAGUCGAACCACGCAAUGAACAACAAAUCAUCAUUUUCGCCGUCUUCUACUCCCAAUGCUAAAACUAUGGAGGAUGAGUCGUCUUUUUCAUCAUCUUCGUCAUCGUCUUUAACAUCACCAUCUCCAUUAUCAUCGCCAUCUCCAUCAUCAUCACCACCAUAUUCAUCUUCAUCAUCAUCUCCAUCAUCAUCAUUACCAUCGUCAUCAUCAUCAUCAUCAUCACAGAAACCUAUGUGCAAUGGUCUUCCUCCAACUCCCAAAGUUCACAUGGGAGCAUGUUUUUCAAAAGUUUUUAAUGGCUGCCCUCUUCAUAUCAACUGCACGACAAGCUGGGUGCAUCCGUACACGAAGGACCAGCACAUCCUGAUCGGCUCCAACACAGGCAUCUACACACUCAACCUCAACGAAAUCCACGAGAACAGCAUGGAGCUGUUGCAUGCACGUUCGUGUGUGUGGAUGUGCGUUGUUAAGGAUGUCCUCAUGUCCAUAUCCGGUAAGACACCAGCCCUCUACCGACACGACCUUCUGAACUUGCACGGACGAGGGACACACAGGUUCUCCAUGUCAACCAUCAACAUGAUCCCUGAGAGACUCAUGCCCAAAAAGUUUGCCAUAACGACACGAGUGCCAGACACGAAGGGCUGUUUGAAGUGCUGCGUUGGCCGCAACAACGAUGCCUACCAGUACCUCUGCGUCGCCAUGCCACACGCCGUCCUCCUCAUGCAGUGGUUCGAUCCACUCAACAAGUUCAUGCUGCUUAAGCAAUUUGACUACCCCUCAAUGUCUGACCUGAAGAUCUUUGAAAUGUUCACAAUCCCCGACCAGCAAUACCCCAUCUUAUGUGUGGGCGUCAAGAAGAGUCGCGAGAAGAAGAACCAUGUGCAAUUUGAACUCAUCAACUUGAAUUCUAGCUCCAACUGGUUCAUUGGACCUGAGUGUGGCAAAGAAAACAUCCAGGUAACAGGAGUAACACAACUCGACAAGGACACUUUCGUUAUUUCUUACGACAAUCUGGUGCAGAUGACAAACUUGUUGGGAGUUCCGAAGCUGUCAGUCAUCGUAUUCGAUUUCUAUAUUCAAUCAACUGUGGUCCUUCAAGACAGCGUACUCGCCUUCCACAGGCACGGAAUGCAAGGAAGAAGUUUCAAAACCAACGAGAUUACACAGGAUGUAUUCGAGCCUACAAAAGUCUUUCGAUUGCUUGGUUGUGAUAAAGUGAUAGUGCUGGAGAGUCUGUCGACAGAGAACCCUGACGAACUGGCCAACCUGUAUGUCGUGGCCGGCCAUGAAAAUACCUUCUGA